UGAAAGAAAACAAGCACAAAUGUAGACUGUAACUUUUCCCCAUCCGGAUCUUGCCUGUUGGACAAAUUGGAACUCGGUGGAACUCUCGUUAGUUCAAAAUGGAGAAAUCCUCAAUGGGAUUGAAUAAGAAUGGCUCGCGAUCGACCGCAUCACUACCCCCGGAACCGGCGUACAUAAUCCACAGCAAGUCAUGCUACCGCCGGGUAAGGCUCAACGUUGGGGGUCUUCCACAUGAGGUCCUCUGGAGAACAUUGGAUAGGUUACCACGCACCCGGUUAGGGAAACUACGAGACUGCAACACCCACGACUCACUCAUGGAGGUAUGUGAUGACUACAACUUGGACGAGAACGAGUACUUUUUCGACCGGCACCCAGGGGCGUUCACGUCCAUUUUGAACUUCUACCGGACCGGUAAGCUCCACAUGAUGGAGGAGAUGUGCGCCCUGUCGUUCAGUCAGGAGCUGGACUACUGGGGCAUAGAUGAGAUCUACCUGGAGUCCUGUUGCCAGGCCAGGUACCACCAGAAGAAAGAACAGAUGAACGAGGAGCUCAAAAGAGAGCAAGACACCUUGAACGACAGAGAGGGAGAAGAGUUCGACAACACGUGUUGUGCUGAGAAACGAAAGAAACUCUGGGACCUUCUGGAAAAGCCCAGUUCGUCUGUCGCAGCCAAGAUCAAUGUUGUUGACAAGUUUAUAAUAGGCAAACUCAAGCCUUAG